GUUUAGUGCCUUUUUGAUCAGCUGUCCACCAUUCAUGGGUUCCUGCUGCGGGUAAAUAAAUGAUCUGACAACCAUCAGAUGUGUCCCUUGCUGCGGCCUCGCUACUUUCCCAUGCUGUGAGUAUGAUGAGCCGGGAAUGAUGACUGAACACAUGGACGUGGCAGUAAUGCCUUUCGCAGUGGCUUGUGCCCCCCAUGUAGAAAUCACGGUCAGCAGUAAAUCAUGGAUUUCAGACCAAGGAUUUGCUUGUUUUACCCGUUUUUGCUAUUAAUCCGUCGACAGCUUUGCGCGGCUCAAGUGCAUUUUUUUUUUUUUUUCUUCUUAAGGCCUGUGUGUUGGCCCUAAACGUUUCUUCCGUAUAUUUCCGUGGAAUCGAUGAGGAUCACCGCCAGGGCCCGGAGGACCGAAAUGGACACGAAUAGUGACAAACAUUUGACACUUAAAAUAGCCAGAGACCAGUAUCGGAAACAAUCUGUCUUUGACUGAUGAUGUCACCUAAGAUGAAUCUCUUGGAUGCCUCCGGUGCGAAAAGGCCGGCCGAAGGCUGUUCUGCGCUCUCCCGUUCGGAGCGAGGAAUUAGCGAGGGAUCCCUGGCGAUGACCGAGUCGUGACGAGCGACCGCAGCAGAAGUGGCGUCCGGACGAAAGGAACGAAUUCGCUCGUUGGGGGAAAAGAGUGGCUGUCUCGAACCCUGUCUGGGGGGGAAAGCGCUCUUUCUUGACGUUCGCGGCCAGGGUUUAAAAUAAACGGCUGCGUUUCGAGUGCCGUGGCUCUGAGCCGACAAGAUGAAGCCUAUCUGUUACGAGGCUGAAGUUGUCCACGUUCAUUUCCUGUCUCCUGCAAUAGCGGAUCUCCUCUCCUCUCGUUUCCAAUGUUGUCUGACCCAUGUCCUGCUACGCCGGUACCCCUGACUUCACCCUGCAGGUGGGAGCUGGCUGCCCCGCCGUGUGUAAGUGCUCAGCGGCGCCCACUGUGUGCCCUCCUGGGGUGAGCAGGGUAGCGGACGGGUGCGGCUGCUGCAAGGUGUGCGCGGCUCAGCUGAACCGCGACUGCGGUCCCGCGCGCCCCUGCGACCACCACAAGGGCCUGGAGUGUAACUACGGCAACGGCGCGUCCCGCAGCCGAGGAAUCUGCAGGGCGAGGCUGGAGGGCCGAACCUGCGAAUACGGCGGGCGGGUCUACCAGAACGGGGAGAGCUUCCGCGUCGGAUGCAAGCACCACUGCACCUGCGUGGACGGCGGCGUGGGCUGCGUACCCCUCUGUCCCGCCCACGUGCCCCUUGCAUCGCCCGCCUGUCCUGCCCCGCGCCUCGUCAAAGUCCCCGGCCGGUGUUGCCUCCAGCUGGACUGCCGCAAGGGAAGAGCGGAGAGCCCCCCGGGACCGCUCCCGUACCCCUACCCACACAAGCCGGGGAAGGCGUCGCCCAAUGAGCUUCUGGAAAUCGGGAAAGGCUGGGAGAAGAAGCAGAGCUACAAACAGCUGGCGGCGUGGCAGCAAGCGGGGCAGCGGUGCGUCCUCCAGACCACGGACUGGUCUCGGUGCUCCCGCAGCUGCGGCACGGGUGUGUCCACGCGCGUCUCCAGCCACAACGCCCGCUGCGAGCUGGUGAAGGAGACGCGCCUGUGCACCGUUCGCCCCUGCGGCGCCCCGCCUGCCCCCCGAAAGGAGGGCAGGAGGUGUUCCCGGACCCAGAAGGCUCCAGAGCCGCUGCGGCUCUCCUACGGCGGCUGCCGCAGCGUGCGCCUCUACCGGCCCAACUACUGCGGCGUAUGCGUGGACGGAGGCUGCUGCACCCCUCUGCGCACGCGCACCGCCACCGUGCUCUUCUCCUGCCCGGGCGGCGAGCUCGUUGAGCAGGCCGUCAUGUUCGUACGCUCCUGCAAAUGCGGCGGCGAGGACUGUGACCACCUGAACGAAGCCGCCCUGGCGCCGCAGCGUUGGCUUCACGGAGACACGCACAAGUUUAUCGAUUAGCGUACCUCCCCGCCCCCACCCCACCCGACCCCAUCCCCCGCAGCCUGACGGUGGACUGGUGCCCUCCCUUCGGAGAUUAGAGCAAAAUUUAGAAUAGAUACCUGCGAAAGAGGAAGAAAAAUCAGUCCUAGAGCGACUUGAAUGUGUUCAGAAAAAAGCUUCUAGACGAACGACUUGGGGUAGAAAUGAGCGGGUUUGGGGUGACAACGGUGUCGGUGCGCGAAGCCGCAGAUCAAGCAAAAGAUUGAGAAGUUAAAUUCGGCAUGGACGUGUGGCGACUGACAGACCUUCCCCAAAAGAGAAAUUUUGGAAAAGACAGGGUCGGUCGAGCCCUCCGGACAUUGGAGAUCGGCGAUCGCUCGCUCUUACC